AUGGUAGCUGCUGUUUCUACGACAUUGAACCCCAAAGCCGCAUCCCAAGGAGGUCGUCCCCGAACCUCUACAAGGCCUCCGCUUCUGCCCUCCGACCCCGAAAAUGGCGUCGUCGUUCCUCGCCGACUCAAAGCUCGAGAGGUCACUUCUCGGUACAUGUCGUCUUCUUCUUCCUCCUCUGCCUCUACUUGUUCGAAUACAAGACGAUGUCCAUCGCCGUUGCCUUCCAGAACUGGCGUUUCUUCUGCUGCGGCGACGCCGAUGCCGUCGUCUCAGUCGGUGAAGCGCUCGCAAUCGGUUGAGAGGAGGAGAGCGGUCACGCCGCGCCCUAGUUCUUUGGAUAUGAGGAUCGGGAAUGGUGGCUCUGGCGGCGGCGAAAUGUCUGCGGCUCAGAAGCUCUUGUUCACUUCAACGAGGAGCUUAUCGGUUUCGUUUCAAGGCGAGUCGUAUUCGCUCCAGGUGAGUAAAGUGAAGCCGACGCCGUCUCCGAGUACAAGGAAAGGCACGCCGGAGAGGAGGAAGGCGACGACGCCGUUUCGAGCGGAUCAGAGUGAGAAUUCGAAGCCGACAGAGCAGCAGCGAUGGCCUGCGAGGUUAAGGCAACCGAAUUGUAUGACUAGGAGCUUGGAUUGUACGGAUGAGAGGAGGAGGAUGAGUGGAUCUGGCGCCAAUGUGGUUAGGGCGUUACAGAAUUCGAUGGUGGAUGAUGUUGAUGGGAGAUUGAGGUCUAAUUCGUGCAAUUUAGGUUCAGUGAAAGCUACUGAGACUGUUGAUGAUGGCACUUCAGCUACUACACAGUCUGAACCUGUGGCUUGUUCCGAUACUGAUAGCGUGUCUUCUGGUAGUACUAAUUCAGGACCACACGAGAGCAAUGGCCAUGGUGGUGCUAUACAAGGGCCACGGCCUAGAGGGAUAGUGGUGCCAGCGAGGUUUUGGCAAGAGACUAACAAUCGAUUACGCCGCCAAUCAGAGUCUAAGGCUAUUGGAGCUGGAGCGAGAACUAUGGGCUCUCCUAAGAUUGCUGAGGCAAAUAGGUUAUCUAUUGAUAAUCCCGCGUCAUCUCCUCGAGGUGUUGUGAAUGGCAGGGGACAGUUAUCCCCUAUUCGUGGGACAGCUCGGCCUGCAUCGCCAAGUAAGCUCAGCAGGUCAUUGAUGACCUCUUCGCCGAUGAGGGGAGUGAGCCCUUCUCGAGUGAGGAAUGGAGUGGCUGCUACUCCAAGUAGUAAUUUGAGCAACACGCCCUCUAUUUUAAGUUUUGCUGCUGAUGUUCGAAGAGGGAAGGUUGGAGAGAAUCGGAUAGUUGAUGCACAUGUGGUGAGGCUCUUGCAUAACCGGCUCUUGCAGUGGCGUUUUGUAAAUGCUAGAGCUAAUGCCUCCCUAGCUGCACAGAGGUCCAAUGCGGAGAGAAGCCUCUAUAAUGCGUGGGUAACAAGUUCAAAACUUCGCGAAUCAGUUAGAGCAAAACGGAUAGAGUUACAAAUGCUGAGGCAAAAUUUGAAACUAACAUCCAUCCUCAAGGGGCAAAUGAUAUAUCUGGAAGAGUUAUCACUUAUGGAUCGGGAUUACUCUAAUUCUUUGUCAGGGGCCACCGAAGCUUUAAAGGCUAGCACACUCCGCCUUCCAGUUGUUGGAGGGGCAAGGGCUGAUGUCUACAAUGUGAAGGACGCUAUUUCUUCAGCAGUUGAUGUGAUGCAAGCAAUGGCAUCAUCAAUAUGCUUACUGUUAUCGAAGGUUGGGGAUGUGAACUCUUUGGUGGCUGAACUUGCAAAUGUAACUGCAAAGGAGCAUGAUUUGCUUGGUCAGUGCAGAGAUCUAUUGUCAACAGUUGCAGCCAUGCAGAACAAAUUCUGCACUGUGUGA